AAGUCUAUUCAUUCAUUCAUUUUACAUGUACAAUAUAUACAAAUAACAUCAUAUCAUUAAUCCUUCCAACAACAGAAGCAUGGCAACCCUAGAUCCAAAGCUACACUUUGUGUUGUUUCCAAUGAUGGCACAAGGCCACAUGAUCCCCAUGAUGGACACUGCAAAACUAUUGGCACAUCAUGAAAAUGUUAUAGUUACAAUAGUAACAACCCCAAAAAAUGCAUCUAGGUUCACAUCAAUUAUAGCACGUUAUGUUGAAUCUGGUCUUCACAUUCAAUUAAUCCAACUUGAAUUUCCAUGUAAAGAGUUUGGAUUACCAGAAGGAUGUGAGAAUCUUGACAUGCUGCCUGGACUUGCCCUAGCCUCAAACUUCUUCAAUGUAUCAAAACUUCUCCAACAAGAAGUUGAAAAGAUAUUUCAAGAGUUAACACCACCAGCAACUUGUAUUAUCUCUGAUAUGUUUUUGCCAUAUACAAUCCACAUAGCUAGAAAGUUCAAUAUUCCAAGAAUUUCUUUUGCUCCAACAGGACUAGGGUCAACAAAGAUCAAUGAAGCCUUGAAACAAUUUAAUGAGGAUAUGCUUGAAGCUGAAAUGAGUAGUUAUGGGAUAAUCACAAAUUCUUUUGAGGAGUUAGAGCCAACAUAUGCAACAGACUUUAAAAAGAUGAAAAAUGACAAAGUUUGGUGUAUUGGACCUGUAUCACUUAGUAACAUUGAUGACUUGGAUAAGGUUCAAAGAGGUAAUAGUAACAAAGUUUUAGUUCAUGAAUGGAAGCACUUGAAGUGGCUAAAUUCUCAUAAGGAUGAGAGUGUUAUAUAUGCAUGCCUUGGAAGUUUAUGUAAUUUAACAUCACUACAGUUGAUAGAGCUAGGGUUAGCAUUAGAAGCAACAAAAAAACCUUUUAUUUGGGUUAUUAGAGAGGGAAAUCAGUUAGAAGAGUUGGAAAAAUGGAUUGAGGAGAGUGGAUUUGAGGGAAGAAUCAAUGAUAGAGGCUUAGUAAUUAAGGGUUGGGCCCCUCAGUUAUUGAUUUUGUCACAUCCUGCAAUUGGAGGAUUCUUAACACAUUGUGGUUGGAAUUCUACAAUGGAAGCAAUAUGUGCUGGUGUACCAAUGGUUACAUGGCCACUUUUUGGAGAUCAAUUUUUUAAUGAAUGUUUAGUUGUGCAAAUAUUGAAAGUUGGUGUAAAAAUUGGGGUGAAGAGUCCAAUGCAAUGGGGUGAGGAAGAAAAAAGUGGUGUGUUGGUGAAGAAGGAAGAUGUUGAAAGAGGAAUAGAAGUGUUAAUGGAUGAGACAAGUGAAUGUAAAGAAAGAAGAAAAAGGAUUAGAGAGCUUGCUGAGAUUGCUAAAAAGGCUGUAGAAAAAGGUGGAUCUUCUCACUCUAAUGUUGUUUUGUUCAUCCAAGAUAUCAUUAAGAUUAAAAAUAAAGUGACAAAAACCAUAUGAAGAAAAAAUGUAUUACAUACAUGUUCAAUAGUUGUACUAUUAUU